AUGGGGGAAAACGUUUCUCCCGAUCCUGAGUCUGGUGGGCAGUGGUCGCCCUUCAGUAAGGUAACUUUGGGGAACAGGACAACAGCAACCUGGGAUAAGCCUAGUUCAGUGUUUUCGGCCAAUAUUUGUUCGUCUACUGUCUAUCACUUGUCUCUGUUUGCCGGCGGUGUGCUUGCUGUUUGUGCAUUUAUUGUGGAUGUUGCAGCCAUGCGUCAAAGUUAUUCUACACCGCUAUCUGUAAUGACUGACCAUUUUUCCGAUUUUAAGUCCAAGGCUCGGAAUCUAUCCCUGCUAGUAAAGAAGAGCAAGCUAAAAACCCUAUGCUCAUCUGAGUGGCCGACAUUUCAGGUGGGCUGGCCGCCGGAGGGAACUUUCGGGCUGCCAGUCAUCCAGGCUGUUAAAGAAAAGAUAAUGGCUCCUGACCCUCAGGUCCAUCCGGACCAAGCUCCUUACCUUCUGGUCUGGGAAAAUCUAGUAGAAGACCCUCCCGUCUGGCUGAAACCCUUUGUUCACAACCCCCCCAGUGCUUCUGUUCCACAGGUCCUGGUCAUGCAGACCUCUACGGAAGAAAACCGGGAGGCACGGGAGAGCCGGAAGAAACCAACACUGAAAUCUCGCCUCUCCCGUAUAUCCUGCCACCCUUGCUCCUGCAGGUACCUCAGGUGUUGUCCGGAGAACAAAGAGGGAACUCAGAACCCUCGGCUCCACAGCAGGGAGAGGGGGCCAGCCCAGGGAACUCGCGGAAGCACCCGAGGGGGCGGGGACUCGUCUGACUGUGGGAGCCGAGAGGCCCCUUCGUCUACCGUUCGGGCGCUUCCUGUCCGGGUCGGGCCGGCAAAUCCUGACGGAGAACGGAACUAUCAAUAUUGGCUGGUCUCGACCAGUGACCUAUAUAACUGGAAAGCUCAAAACCCCUCUUUUUCUGAAAAGCCCCAAGGCCUUAUUGAUCUUUUAGACACUAUCCUGUUUACUCACAAUCCUACUUGGGAUGAUUGUCAGCAGCUGUUACAGGUGCUUUUCACCACAGAGGAACGGGAGCGAAUUCUGUCGGAAGCGCAGAAGCACGUUCCCGGAGCGGAUGGGAGGCCGACCAUGCAGCCCCAUCUAGUGGAAGAAGGGUUCCCUUCCAUGCAGCCGAACUGGGACUUUGAGCAUGCGGAUGGUAGGGAGCGUCUGCGCAUCUUUCGCCAGACUCUAAUGGCUGGCCUCCGGGCAGCAGCCAGAAAACCGACAAAUUUAUCUAAGGUGAAUCUGAUAAGACAGGAGCCAAACGAGAGCCCGGCAGCCUUCUUAGAGAGGUUAAUGGAAGCCUUUAGGCAGUAUACGCCCAUGGACCCCCAGGCUGAUGAGUCACGCGCAGCAGUUCUGUUAGCUUUCACGAACCAGGCAGCUCCAGAUAUCAGGAGAAAGUUACAGAAGAUAGAAGGGCUGGGGGAAUUGUCAAUACAGGAUCUGGUAAGGGCAGCUGAGAAAGUGUUCAAUAACAGAGAGACCCCUGAGGAGAGGGAGGAACGGAUUAGACGGGAAGAAAGAGAUAUGAGGAAUGGAUUAGAUGAGGAAAGGGAAUAUAGGGCCGAAGAAAACCGGAGAAAUCAGAAAGAGCUAGCUCAGAUCCUUUUUGCGGGGACGAGAAAGGGGCCUGAAGCCCCAAGCACUAAAGACACCCAGUCAGGAGGAAAGGAAAAACCAGCUAGACCUGCCCUAAAGAGAGACCAAUGCGCUUACUGCAAAGAGCAGGGACACUGGAAAAAUGAGUGCCCCAAGAGAGAUCUGAAGAAAAAGACUGUAAGACAGGAAGAAUCUUCCUCAGGGACCUACGUCUUAUAUGCAGGGGAAGAUAGUGAUUAGGGGGGUCAGGGCCCGGCAUCUCUCCCCGAGUCCUGGGUAACUGUUAAUGUGGAGGGGAAACCGGUCGGCUUCAUGGUGGAUAUAGGAGCCCAAUACUCAGUUCUCAACCAAAACUUUGGGCCGAUGUCCAAAAAGACUAGCUUGGUCGAGGGAGCCACCGGGACAAAGAGAUAUUACUGGACUACUAAACAGAAAGUGGACUUGGGAGCCCAACGGGUGUCCCACUUAUUUCUGGUGAUCCCGGAAUGUCCGGCCCCUUUAUUAGGAAGAGACCUAUUGGCCAAAGUCAAUGGGCAAAUUCAUUUUGACUCUGGGGGGAUAUCAGUCACAGACGGGCUUGGACAACCAAUUCAUGUUCUAUCCCUGGCACUGAGAGAGGAAUAUAGACUAUAUUCACCAAAUCCCCCUGCAGCGGUGGAUCCUGCUAUGCAACAGUGGAUUCAGAAAUACCCUCUGGCCUGGGCAGAGAUAGUGGGAGUAGGACUGGCUAAACAAAGACCUCCCAUUGUUGUUGAAUUAAAAGCAAAUGCUAUUCCUGUGAGGGUGAAACAGUAUCCCAUGAGCCAGGAGGCCCGGCAAGGAAUUAUGCCACACAUCCAGCGCCUCCUAAAGGCAGGAAUUCUCAAAAAGUGCCAGUCCCCAUGGAACACUCCCCUGUUGCCUGUGAAAAAGCCCGGGGGAGCAGACUUUAGACCAGUCCAAGAUCUUCGUGAAGUCAACAAACAGGUGAGUGACAUUCAUCCCACUGUCCCUAACCCAUACACACUCCUGAGCAGCUUGCCACCAGACUAUGUCUGGUAUACAAUUUUAGACUUGAAAGAUGCCUUUUUCAGCUUGCCUUUGGCACCCCAGAGCCAGGAAAUCUUUGCAUUUGAAUGGGCUGACGAGGACGGCCAAACUGUGGGGCAGCUGACCUGGACUCGCCUCCCACAGGGGUUCAAAAACUCGCCGACGUUGUUCAAUGAGGCUCUAGGCGAAGAUCUCUGUGAGUAUCGAACCAGCCACCCCGAAGUCGUUCUGUUGCAGUAUGUAGAUGACCUAAUGCUGGCCGCUACGACUAGGGAGGUUUGCCUAAAGGCCACAGGCGAUCUCCUCCAGACUUUGGGGACAUUGGGCUACCGGGCAAGUGCGAAGAAGGCCCAAAUUGCUAGACAGGAAGUCAUUUAUUUGGGAUAUAAAAUAAAACAGGGACAAAGAUGGUUGACUCAGGCUAUGAAAGAGACUAUUCUACGGAUCCCUGAGCUUUCAACUCCCCGGCAGGUGAGGGAGUUUCUAGGGACGGUUGGGUACUGCAGGCUAUGGAUUAUGGGGUUUGGAAAAGGCCCGAUGAGGCGGGCAUUUCAGGAACUUCAACAGGCAUUACUGGAAGCCCCAGCCCUUGCUCUUCUGGACCCAGCUAAGCCGUUUCAACUGUUUGUGGGUGAAAAGCAGGGAGUAGGGAAGGGAGUCCUGACGCAGCAAUGGGGACCGUGGAGAUGGCCUGUGGCAUAUCUCUCUAAACGACUGGACCCAGUAGCUGCGGGAUGGCCACCCUGUCUCCGUAUCAUCGCGGCCACUGCUGUCCUUGUCCAUGAUGCUGACAAGCUGACUUAUGGACAGCGUCUCCUGGUCUACACUCCUCAUGUCAUAGAGGGAAUCCUCAAACAGCCACCUGGUAAGUGGAUUUCUAAUGCUGGCUUAACCCAUUACCAGGCCCUGCUGCUGGAUGCUCCCCGGAUACACUUUCAAACACCUUGUUUUCUGAACCCUGCCACUUUGCUACCCAUCCCGGAGGAGGACGGGCCCCUCCAUGACUGUGUUGAAGUGUUAGCUGAGGUAACCGCCAUACGAAAAGACCUCAGCGACUUGCCAUUAGAAAACAAUGAGCUGGUAUGGUUCACGGAUGGGAGCAGUUAUAUAAAGGAUGGACAGAGAAAAGCGGGGGGAGCCAUAGUAGAUGACACUGGGAGGAUCAUCUGGGCUGAGGCCUUGCCCCCUGGAACAUCUGCCCAAAAAGCGGAACUGAUAGCUAUGAUACAAGCACUAGAGAGGGCAAAAGGAAAAAGAAUCGCUAUUUACACUGACAGCCAAUAUGCAUUCGGCACUGUGCACAUUCAAGGCCCCAUAUAUAAAGAGCGGGGGCUCUUGACGGCGGAGGGAAAAGAGAUUAAAAACGUGCCUGAGAUUCGCAGACUCUUGGCAGCGGUCCACUUGCCCCGGGCAGUGUCCAUAGUGCAUGUCCCGGGACACCAGAAAGGAGAGGGUGUCAGGGCCCGAGGCAACCGUGCUGCCAAUGCAGCAGCCCGUGAGGCUGCUGCUGGAGACCACGAAGCCCAUAUACUGACUAAGAAAACCAUCCAGGAUAUAGUCCGCACCUGCAAGGCCUGCCAGAUGACGAGACGGGGAAAAGGACAGCACACAGGUGUAAGAUAUUGGGGGGAAAGGCCAGGACAUCAUUGGGAGAUAGAUUUCACUGAGGUAAGGCCAGGCAAGUAUGGGUACCGUUACCUGUUAGUUUUGGUUGAUACGUUUUCUGGGUGGGUAGAAGUUUACCCUACUAAGAAGAAGACAGAGAUAGUAGUAGCUAAGAAGCUCCUAGAAGAGAUUAUACCUAGGUUUGGGCUGCCGGCAUCUAUCGGCUCUGAUAAUGGACCUGCAUUUGUGGGUAAAAUUGUUCAGGGACUGGCCUCAGCCCUGGGGACCAAAUGGAAGUUACAUUGCGAAUACAGUCCCCAGAGCUCAGGACAGGUAGAAAGAAUGAAUCGGACCCUAAAAGAAACUUUAACAAAACUGGCAAUAGAGACCGAUGGAGACUGGGUGACCCUCCUUCCCUUCACGCUUCUUUGGGCACGAAACACCCCCUAUAAACUGGGUUUGACUUCCUUUGAAAUUGUAUAUGGAAGUCCGCCCCUCGUUUGUCCAGCAUUUGAGGAAAAGACCAAACCACCUCUCUCGCUACACGCUUUCCAACAGGAGAUGCUAGCUUUGAGUAAGGUGCAUAAACAUAGCUGGUCAUUGGUACGGGAAAUUCAUGAGGGCCAAAAUGAAGGAACAAUCCCAUCUCAUAAUAUAGGCCCGGGAGAUUGGGUCUGGGUUAAAAGACACCAGUCAAGGACCUUAGAACCAAGAUGGAAGGGCCCUUAUGUUGUUCUUCUUACCACUCCUACUGCUCUCAAGGUAGACGGAAUUGGACCCUGGGUACAUUGCAACCACAUGCGACAGGCCACUCCAGAGGAACAAGAGAGGGCUCAAAGAGAAUGGAAGUCAACACUGCAUCCCUCCAAUCCCUUAAAAUUGAAGCUCGUCCGACAGCAGAUCUCAGACGGAUCACUCUGA